AACGAUGGCAAAGCAUGAUGAUGUGUAUUGACACAGUAGAAUAUUAUUGAUCAGUUAAUAAUGGUUUAUAACACGAUGUAUUGUGAUAGUUAAUAUUAUACUUAAAUUAUAAGCUGAUGUUCAGUUGAAGAUUCAGCUCCAGAAAGAUGUUUUAACAAACAACGUGAAAUGAAAUGAAACACUUUCCCACAUUUCUUAGUCUGGUAGUUACUGCCAUUUUUAUACUUUGUCUUUUCCAAGCAAGACAUCAAACAAAUGGAGAACUUUCUACACGUUCACUACGUCUCGUACACAUAGUAUACAGACAUGGAGAUAGGAGUGCCAUGCGUGGAUAUCCUUUGGAUCCCAUUAAAGAAUAUAACUGGUCACAAGGAUACGGACAGUUAACAAAACGUGGGAUGGAUCAAGAGUACCGACUUGGACAAUCUGUGAGAGACUUGUACAUCAAAAAAUUGGGCUUCUUGUCAACUAACUACAAUAGAAGUAGGGUGUUUGUGAGGAGUACAGACACAGACCGGACCUUGAUGAGUGCCUAUUGUGUGUUAGCUGGACUCUAUCCUUCACAGAACAUCACUCAGGCCUGGAAUAAUACCUGGCAGCCUAUCCCAGUCCACACACUUCCAGUGAACCAGGAUUAUUUGCUGAGUUCCCAUGCCACUUGUCCAUUAUUGGAAAAUCUCCAUCAGGAAUUCAUUUCAAAGAAUCAACAGCUUAAAGAUCUUAUCAAACAAAAACAGUGGUUAAUUCAUCAUGUAGCCACCCAUACCGGGCUUCCUCCCACUAUAGAUAGCCUCUUUGAAGUGCAGGAUCCUCUGUUUUGUGAGAGCCAACAUAACAUGAUCAAUACUACAUCUGGUUGGUUGGCUGUUAAUGGAACGUUCCAUGACAUCAUGGCACUGAGAGAUUUACCAAACAGCCUGCUAUAUCCUACCCCUCAAAUGGCCCGACUACGAUCUGGUGUUCUUCUUACCGAGAUUGUGUCCAAUAUGAAAGCCAAAAUAAAUAAAUCAAUGGACACAGAUUUAGUUCUUUAUUCUGCU